UUGGUACGGACGGUCGCUGCCGGGCGCUGUUUCCGAACGCGUUCGAAGUUCGUAAGCAAUUUGAAUUUCCGAAAUUUAUUCUCGUUUUCUUUUUUAUGGUGUACAACUUUUCGUGGCCAGCGAUUUGUGUUUGUGGUGAAAUUGGCAUUACUUUUUGGUGAUAAUAAACUUGUGAAGUUUUGUGUUUUGCACUGUUGGAGGACAAGCUGAAAAGUGGUAUUAACUAAACGCGGAUGAUGUCAAAUAACAUUUCGGCGAAGCCGUUCUGGGAAUAGAAGGAACGAACCUAAAAACUUUCGGCCAUCAAUGGGAAUUUAAAAGAAUACACCCCAUGUCCUUAUAAGGUCAACGCCACUGUAAUGCUCGCGCGCCCUUGAGAUAUGCGCGGCGAGCGAGAUGCGCGGGGGCAUGGAUGGGGCAUAGAAUGCGCGCCACUCUCGCGCAGAUAUGCCUGUUGCUGACCGUGAUCGGCGUACACACGUUCAUACCGGGCGCUGAUGGCCCAGUGACGAACCAGGAGGCAAUAGAAGGAGGCAACGUCACUCUCUAUUGCGACACCGAAACAGAAUCACCCGACGAGCUUAUGCUCCUAGUUUGGUAUAAAAGCUACACGCCUAUUUUUAGCUACGACGCGCGCAACCAGAGCCAGUGGGCGAACCCUUCCAGUUCAGGUGGCACCAGGAUCUCCGCAACCCUCGACCGGCAGCCGACUUCCAUCACCAUCUCAAGAUUGACGGAGCUGGAUCAGGCGCUGUACCACUGCAGGGUCGACUUCUUGGUGUCGCCGACCAGGAAUAUUGGGGUCAACUUGACUGUAAUCGUCCUUCCAAGUCAACCAUUCUUCUUGGACGAAGUCGGCAACAAGGUGCAAGACAGAAUCGGGCCUUACCACGAAGGAGAUACCUUGGUGCUCAGCUGUCUGGUCAUAGGAGGUCGACCGCCGCCCCGGAUCAGCUGGUACUCUGGGAAGACCCUGGUAGACGCAUCUGACGGAGCCAGUGACAUCCCAACAGUGAGGGAGAACGAGUUAUACCUCCCUCUCACUCGGGACAACGCAGCUGAGCUGACCUGCCGAGCUUCGAACACGCACCUCCGCCCGCCCAUCGAAGCCAGUUUGGAUAUUGAGCUUUAUCUGCCAGCGUACAACGUAUCCAUCUACUUCGUGGAGGGCACGGUGCUGGAUGUGCUACAGACCGGGAAGACCGCCCUGGUGAAGUGCAUCGCCCAUGGCGCGUAUCCGCAGCCCGACCUGGCGUGGUGGAUGGACCGUAAACACCUCACGCAGCAUAGCAAUCAGAGCUGGAGCAACUCCUCCCGGAUUUCGGUCUCGUUCCUGGAGCUGACCCCGACGGUGGUGGACAACGGCGCGACCCUCGCAUGCGUCGCCACCAACCCCGCCAUGGCGCCCAGUAGGGGAUCCAAAGCUGACGUCAUCACGCUCAACGUCACUUAUAGUCCUAUAGUAGAAAUAUCGAGAGUGGACGACGGCUCUUUGACUGAAGUGGUUGAGCUGGACACCCUGAGCCUGAAGUGCGAAGUGAAGGCCAACCCACCUGUAGACAAGUUUAAGUGGUAUUUUAAUGAUAGUCUAAUUAGAUCUGGAGGCAUCUGGGGGGACAGCGUGACGUCUUCCAGCCUUCAAAUAGAAGAAACUACACGCAGACACGCUGGGAGGUACUCCUGCGCAGCGAGCAACGCCGUGGGCGAAACUAGGGCGGACCCCGUCAAUAUUACCGUGCAUUACCCUCCAGAAUGCGCGGAGCGUGGCGUCGUGCUUGUAAAAGAGACAAUAAGAUGCAACGCCCGUGGUUUACCUACCCCCGACACGUACUUCUGGCACGUGCAGCCGGCUAACUCCGACGUCCAGCACCUCACUACCGGCUCCCACCUGCUAACCCUGGCGCAGAUCACUGGGCCUCUAGUCGGCACUCUAAAAGUGACCUGUGAGGCCAGCAACGGCAUCGCAUCACAGUACCAGCCGUGCGUCAAAACGUUCAGCUUGGACCAGCUGAGGCCACCACAGCCGAAGCAGUGCGACUUGGCUUACGAGCACGGGGAGUUCCAGAUGAGAUGCAUACCAGUGGAAAACGCGACCUACUACGAGGUAUCCGUAUGGCGGAUGUCUCCCUCAAACUCCUCCUUGUACCUCGAACACAGGGGCUCGAUGGGCUUCGGGGCCCGUCAGGCCCAGGCCCACGGGGGUGGCGUGUGGCUGGUGAGAGGAAGCCUGAGGAUGUUGAGGCCUACGGAUGAGGCUGGAGCCGCAGCGUGCAACAGAUAUGGGUGCUCGGAUCCGCUGUUACUGAGGCCUACCGAGAAUUUGCUGCAUGCGGCCUCACCGCCUUGGUGGCACUUUGUAAUGGACAAAGACGUGGGAAUCUCCGUUGGCGCCGUGGUCCUGGUGGCCGUGUUCAUCAUCUCCACAGCCCUGGUCAUCCGCCUGGCUCGGAGACCACGGCUGAAGACCCCCACUCCGGUCAUACAGGUGUUGCAGCUGGAUGACGUCACGCAGUACAUUGAUACUAUUGCUGCAGAAAACAAGCGAGCUUCCUGCAGUCUCCGCUCCAUACGCUCAUGCAGCAGUGGCUACUCCGAUGGUUCCGCCCCCGAGGAACCAGUGGCGCCGCCUAUCGACCGUCGACGGAAACCCGUCGCAGUCUGGGAACACUGGGACGCACCACCCCCUGACGUCACGCUCACUUUGCAUAGAGAGAGCGCUGUGUAG